UGUUCUGUCUUUGUUUACCUCCUUUUUUUCUCCUCAUUCUCCUCAUCUUUCCAAAAAAAUUUUUCUUUUUAUUUUAAAAAAUAUUUUCCAACAAAAUUAAAUUUUUUUAUUAGACUUCUUUAUUCCACGUUGACUAUUCUAUGCGUUGGACAUUUAUGGAAUUAAUUCCGUUUGCUGCUUUGGGUAUAUUUGGAGGUCUUCUUGGAAGUUUAUUUAUAUGGUCAAAUAUAAAAUGGUGUGCUUAUCGUAAAAAUACUCAAUGGUUAGGGCAAAAUCCAAUAUAUGAAGUUUUGGUUGUUUCAGCAGUAACUGGAGCUUUGUCUUUUUUUAAUCCGUAUACACGCAAAAGUGCUAGUUCUUUGAUUAAACAGCUCUUUGAUCGUUGCGGACCAGAAGAUUAUGGACAAAAUUUGUGUGAUUAUAAUAGAAAUUUUACUUUUGGACAAGUUGUGGAUAAAGUAGAUGAUAAUUAUCAUACAGGAGAUUUGGGGAGUGGAUUACAGACAGCAAUAUUUCAACUUGUUAUGGCUUUAUUUGCAAAAUUACUUUUUACAAUUUUUACUUUUGGUGUAAAAGUUCCUUCUGGAUUAUUUGUUCCAAGUUUAGCAAUGGGGGCAAUUGCUGGACGUCUUUUAGGAAUUAAAGUAGAAGGGUUAACUUAUGCUUUACAACAACAAUACCCAAAAAGUGAUUUGUGGACUUGUAGAAUUGGAAGGGAUUGUGUUAUGCCUGGUUUGUAUGCAAUGGUGGGGGCUGCUGCUGUUCUUGGAGGAGUUACUAGGUUUUUUUUUGGAAAAUUUUUUUGGGUAGUCUUUAGUAGAGUUGGACAAAACGAUACUGGUAUCGGCCAACCCGAGACCGAGAUUGACCGAUACUCAAGAACCCGAUACCGAGACCGAUACCAUCAUUUUGAGCCGAGACCGAUACCGAGAAACGAUACUGACCGAGACCCACAGAAAUUUUUAUUUUAUGUCAAAAAAUACGUAUAG